AGUAUUCUGGAAAAAUAUUGCGGGAAAUUGAAGUUUUGGUAUUAGGCCUAUAUUAUAUGCCGAAGGUAGAUCUGCUGCUUUUAAAACAAUUUGCAAUUGGAUUUAGAUACUGUUUACAUUCUGAUCUAGAUCUAGUUUAUGUCUGAUAUUCAAUGGACACGAUUUAGGUAAAAGCAUCGAUUUAGAAAAUUACAGCUGCAUGCUUCACAGUGGACAACUUUGUGCUUUGCAGUGGCAGACCUCUUUGUGAAAUAUGGGUGUUACAGGGUUAUUGCCUUUUCUUAAAAAGAUCCAUGUUCCAGUAAACAUCGCAAAGUUUGAGGGUUGCACUGUGGCGAUAGAUGCGUAUUGCUGGCUCCAUAAAGGGGCUUUCUCUUGUGCCGAGAAGCUAGCUCUAGGGGAAGCCACUGACCAAUAUGUGUACUACUGCAUGAAGUAUGUGGAAAUGCUCUUGAAGAAAAACAUUAAGCCAGUGCUGGUAUUCGACGGUUGUCACCUUCCUUCCAAGAAAGAGGUGGAGAAGACUCGCAGGGAAAAGCGUGAAAUAAACAGAAAGAAAGCAGCCCAGUUAUUGCGAGAAGGUAAAAGAGCUGAGGCCAGGGAGUGUCUCCAGAGGUGUAUCGACAUUAGUCCAGACAUGGCACUGCAGCUGAUGAAUGCCUGUAGAGCCCGGGGUGUUGACUGUAUUGUGGCUCCAUAUGAGGCUGAUGCCCAGCUGGCCUAUCUGAACAAACGUGGCAUUGCUCAAGUGAUCAUCACAGAGGACUCAGAUCUGCUACUGUUUGGCUGCCAGAAGGUGGUAUUCAAGAUGGAUCAUUUUGGAAAUGGUAUUCUUAUAGAACAGAGUCGAUUAAAUGAAGUGAUGGAGAUCCAGAGCGGGUUUUACACAUUUGAGAAGUUUCGCUUCAUGUGCAUUCUCUCGGGCUGUGAUUAUUUAGCCUCCUUACCAGGAAUUGGACUCGGAAAAGCGGCAAAAGUCUUCAAGCGAGCAAGACAAUCUGAUAUCAAAAUUCUGUUAAAAAAAUUUCCCAGCACUUACCUAAACAUGUCUCUCACCGUACCAGAGGAAUAUAUUGAGGGAUUUAUCCGUGCCAACAACACAUUUCUUUAUCAGCUGGUGUAUGAUCCUAUUCAAAGAAGGUUACGUCCCUUGGAUUCUUAUGAAGAGGGAAUGAAUGCCAAGCUUAUGCCUUAUGCUGGAGCACUUAUUCCACAGCAUGAGGCAUACCAAAUAGCUUUAGGAAAUAUAAACAUUUACACCAAGGAAAAGUUUGCUGACUUUGAUCCAGACAUUUACGUUCCUCCCAAAGCCAGUAAGAAAAAACCUGAACAGCUGCAUCAAUUGAGUAUCUGGGACCGGAAUUAUAGAACCAGACCCAAAACAGAACUCACAGAGGUGCAGAAUACUGAGAGGCCAAAUCUUCAGAGCAAAGAGAUUGUUGUAAAGAAAAGUUUCCAUCGAGAAAGGCCAAUGGCAGAGGAUGACAAACAUAUCAAGUCUGAUUCGGAGUUGACAAACAUAUACCUGGAAGGUAAUGAUGAAAAUUCCCCCUCACUUCCAUCUCCAAAGAAGAGGCAUCGGUCUUCCAGUGGCUCUGACCCAGAGCUCCUAAAAAGUCCAGUCAAAAAAUUCCGAAAAAUAUACAUGUCGCCUAACAAAGUCCAGUUUUUUGAUUCCUUGAGAGACGCUGACCAGGAUACUUGUAAACGCUCACCAUCUAGACAUGAGAACAGAGAGGAGCCAGUUCCAGCAUCUCCCAAACCAUCUCCAAAACGUAACAGGUUUGCUGUCCUACUGGAGGAAAAGAGAGAAAAGUUCAAUAUAAAUGCCUCCAAAAAUAUUGUCAAAAGCAGGUUUUUUGUCUCAUCAGCUGAAAUUCAGAGGCAUGAAAGUACUACACAGAUAAAAGAAGAGAAAAGUAGUGUGAAGAAUAAUGUUGCAGAAAAAAAGUCAAAUUCAAACUCCCCAACUUCAAAAUCAAGAGACACAGAGGAAAUUUUGAAAAUGAAACAAAGUCCUUCCACACCCAAGCCUUCCCCUGGCUCAGCAUUUACAUGGUCUAAAUUUAAAUUCUCAAAACUGAACAAUGUAGCCACCAACUCUGACAAAGCGAACAAAAAUUACAAAAGAGUGGUAUCUGACUCCUGUCUCUCCAAUUACUUUUCCACUCAAUCCAGAGAGAAGAAUUUUGAGAAACCCUCUGAGUCCCUGCCCAGCGCUCCUCCGGUCCAGCGAGUGAUGAGUUGUGAGGAGAUGGACAGUGCUCCGGAUUCCCUGAGUCAGGCUAGUUCUGUGUCCUACAGUCAGAGUAGUGGAGCCUACAGUAUUGACCUGGACUGUUUGCCAGAUAGUCAGGAAGUGCAGAUUAUAUCUGAAGAAUUCGCAGCACAGAACAGCAGCAAAUCUCAACCUUCAAAUCCGACACUAACACUCCAAGAAACCAGGGCUAUGUCAACAACAGGUACCUUAAAGUUUGGAUGUAGGGCAAGUGGAUUGUCUAAAAACAGGAAAGGAAAGACUCCACCUGACAACAGACAACAGAGUAUAAAAGACCUUUUCUCCAAGUUUGCUUUUAGUAACAGAAAGGACAAACUUUAUACAGAGGAUGUAGAGACAAUAUCGUGCACGCCCUCUAAUAAGCCAUGUUCCAAGUCAGUACAGCGACAACUGCUUCCGGGUCAAACGGUGAAGAAAUGAAAUGCACUGUUCGAUAUGAAAUUACAUGUACUAACAGCCUGCCAAGGUUAUAGACAUUUAUAAAAUUUUAUAAGCAUGUUUUAUCUAUUUUAAUUUCUAGUUAAUUGUGCAGAGUAAAUGUGUAGAUCAACUUUUUAGAAAUAACGUACCUGUAGUGAUCUUCACUUUACAAGUGACUUCACUGAAGUUUGUCAUAAAUAUCAUUACACAG